CGAGCGAAAGGGACAUGCGCGCGUGCUCACUUCCUCCACCGCUCAAGCUUCUUUUUGGUCCGUCAGUGUUGAUAGCGGCUUUUGCUUCCACACGUGUAAUCUUUCCUAUGUGAAUCUCUCUCUCUCUUUGGGACCCGUUCAUCCGCUCAUCCCGCUCUGUCACAAUAGGUGUGAAGCCAUAGAAACCGACGACCAUGGGGGCUUAUCUGUCGCAACCUAACAUUACCAAGACCUCUUCCGAUGGCGGCAACGGCACCAUGAGCUACGGUUUCUCUGCCAUGCAGGGCUGGCGUGUGUCCAUGGAGGAUGCCCACAAUUGUAUCCUAGAGUUUGAUGAGGAGACGGCCAUGUUUGCUGUGUAUGAUGGACAUGGAGGUGAAGAGGUUGCACUGUACUGUUCAAAGUACCUUCCUGACAUCAUCAAGGAGCAGAAAACCUACAAAGACGGCAAACUGCAAAAGGCUCUGGAGGAUGCCUUCUUGGCCAUCGACAGCAGAAUGACCACAGAGGAUGUGAUCAAGGAGCUGGUCCAGAUCGCUGGGCGGCCCACUGAGGAGCCUCCAGCUGAAAAGGUUGCAGAGGAGGACGAUUUGGAGAACGAGGAGGCAGCUUUGCUCCACGAGGAAGCCACAAUGACCAUAGAGGAGCUACUCGUACGAUAUGGUCAGAACCGCAAUGCUGUCAAGCAUGCAGCUGCCAUCAGCGCGGCUGCUAAGAAGGCAGCCGCCUCACAAGCCGAGGCCUCAGGUGACAAAGAGGAAGGUGGGGAAGGACAGAAGAAGGAGGGGAUCAAUGGGGAGGUGGAGGAGGAGAGCAAUGGAAAGGUGAAGGAAGGCGAGGGAUCCGCAUGCGGGUCGAAGCUAAGAGCCUGCCGGAGAGCAGCAGGUGAAGGCAGUGCUGCAGCAGCUGACUGUGGAGGGUCAGGAAGCUCCAAUGGAGAAGAAAAGGCUGGUAAGGCCGAAGGAGACGCAGGUCCCUCCUGCUCCUCUUUGGCCUCGAAGGCUGCAGGGGAUUCGAAGUCCAGGUUCUUUGAUGACAGCGAGGAGUCUGAGGAAGGAGAAGAGGAGGAGGGCAGUGAUGAAGAGGAUGGCAGCGAGGAGGAAGAGGGUGACAGCAGUGAGUUGGAAGAAGAAGAGGAUACAGAGGAGGGAGAGGAAGACUCUGAGGAUGAAGAGGAGGAAGAAAUGUGCCUACCUGGAAUGGAUGGCAAGGAGGAGCCUGGCUCAGACAGCGGCACUACAGCUGUCGUGGCUCUGAUCCGAGGAAAACAGCUGAUCGUGGCCAAUGCUGGAGACUCCCGCUGCGUGGUGUCUGAGCGCGGCAAAGCUGUCGACAUGUCGUACGACCACAAGCCAGAAGACGAGGUGGAACUGGCUCGCAUCAAAAACGCUGGAGGGAAAGUGACCAUGGAUGGACGGGUGAAUGGUGGACUGAACCUCUCCAGAGCUAUUGGUGACCACUUCUACAAGAGGAACAAGGUUCUGCCUCCAGAGGAGCAGAUGAUUUCUGCGAUGCCAGACGUCAAAGUUUUGACACUUAACGAUGAUCACGACUUCAUGGUCAUCGCCUGUGACGGCAUCUGGAAUGUGCUGAGCAGUCAGGAGGUGGUUGACUUCAUCAGUGAGAGGAUCAAACCAGACCAGACUGGCAAAGUCAGAGCCCUCUCAUCCAUAGUGGAAGAGCUGUUGGACCACUGUCUGGCCCCAGACACAUCUGGAGAUGGUACAGGCUGUGACAACAUGACCUGCAUCAUCAUCACCCUCCAGCCACACCCGUCCACUGCUCAGUCAGACGACACAAAGAAGAGGAAGCAUCCGGAGGGGGCAGAAGGGACCGAGCUGGAGGAGAAUGGAAACGACAGCAAAAAGGCUAAAAGUGACUAAAGGCGAAGAAAAACUGUCCCAGAGGAAGCAGCUACACCACAGACACAUUCUGUUCAAAAUUAAAUCCUGACCUCACAAACAUCAAGUCACCCUAAAACAGAAAUUACAAAUUCUAUACGGAUGCUCAAAGAUCGGCCGAACUGAGAUCAUUGGUAUAGUGUUCUUUGUCGUCUGUUUUAGGUGGAUUCUCACUUUAACACCCCCUCCAGUUGUUUCUUUUGUUCGCUCUUGUUGGAGAGAAGCUGGACACACUUUUUUUAAUUCAGAAGAGGCAGACUCGCCACUCACUGGCAUGCUGAAUAGCACAUUAUUUUUCAUGUAUUUGUAACUAGAAGGAAGAUGCAGGAUCAACCAGCCUACAGAGAACAGUGUUUAUUUCUAAACAUUUUAGAGAUGUCUCACCAUCUCUGCAGAUGUGAACUGCACUUUUUUUUUUUUGGUCAAUCUUUUUUCCACACAACACAUUCACACUGUUUUGGUGGCAGUUUUAGGAUAGCUCUCCACAGUGACACAUUUUCGUUGCAGUCCUGCACCCUGAAAUGUCCACUUUUAGUUUUCAAAUGUGAAAUUGCACAAUGCUCUCUGGUUGUGCCCAAAUUACAAGGCAGUCAUUGUAUUGCAACAAAGUGCCAUAAAAACUCUGAAUUCCUUUCAUAAAUUUCCUCAAAGUAACUGAAGAGAAGGGACCCAAAAAUGUCUGCAGUUAGAUCUAGCUUUCGCAUAGAUAUAACAGAUGAAAAAAUUAUCUAACGAGGGGAAGUUUGUGUCCUUUUUAGCCCACAUUGAAGAUCAAUAUGCAGUGAGGAAGCGUGUGUUGGCCUAGUGUUGCACUGAAUGUCUUGGUACCCUGUUUCAGGUUCCCCUCUGAUGUUGAUAACCCACCCUGAGUUUGUUCAGGGACAGUUUGUGUGACCACAGCCAGAGGAACUGAAGUAUUAGGGGUAUUCGUCCAGUUGCCCUUUUUUUUUUUUCCGCCACUUAUAAUUUUUCCCAUUAGCACCAAUUCACAAGUGAGAUUUUACUUUCUGUCUUGUCGGUCACAUAACAGCCCAAUCAUCAACCAUACAUCACCGUAAUCUUGCCUUUUUUUUUUCAUUCCUUUAUUUUCAUAUGUAAAUUUGAAAUCUGAAAAGAUGCCAGGGUUUUGGAAGCGAGUGUACUUUUCAUCUGUAAGAUCUGAUAGCAGGGAAACUGGCAGCAGGGAAACAAACAGAGACGUAAAAGGAUAGCUGCCUUUUUGGAGUUGGUGAUUGAAGCCCUGGAUUCUAAUCAUUUUCUUCUUUCUCCCAGAGCGGCAAAAUCAAGUCAUGUUGUUCCUCCAAUUGAUGUUCUUGAUGUCAAACCCUUUAACGCCCAUCCCAGACCCUUCACCCAAACCUUCUAGGGCUUGACAUCAAGAGUGUUUGUUGGCUCUGAUUCGAUUGACAACGUUUUUUUCGUGUUCAAUGAUCAUGAUUUGAGAAAAAAAACUCCGCCUGGACUUUCCCACCACACACAGCCGUCUCAAGGACUCUACCAUCCACCACCUCACGUAACUCUCCCUGUCUUUCCUCUGUUUCCAUUGUAACACCUUUUUAAGAUCUAUAGGACAUGUGUUUUAAGUAAAAAGUAUUUCCACUCAUUUCUUUUUUUUCUUUCCAUUUCUGGUGAAUCUGUUUUCUGGCAUUUAUUUUUAUUUUUUUUUUUGUAUCCUUUUUGUGAGCACACUCUGAAAACACCAUGGCGUUGAACAGAGGAGAUGAUGCACAAGGUUUUCUUUUUUGAGUGGAAAUACAAUUUGAAGAACAGAGCACCGAGACAGUAUAACUAUUAGACCUUUUUUUUUUUCUCCUUAUUUGCAGACGCCUCAUUUAAACCAUACUGUGUGACUGUAAGUUUGUUUCUCGUGUACUAUCUCGUCACCUCGCCCUUUUUUCCUGUACAUAGUUUUUUCAAUACUUGUAAUUGAAGAAAAAGAAAAUGCUUUUUCUUUGUAAUUGUGAGUCAACGUGACAUUUUUGGUGCAUACUCUUUUGACACCAGUAUGUAAGUACAUACAAAUACAUUUUUUUAGAUAACGAGUCAA